UUUUUUUUCGUUCAUAGAAGAAAAAAAUGAAUUCAUUUCUUUUUGUAACUUAAUUAUGGCAAACACAACACAUCCAAGAACUUUUACAAGAAUGAGAGAAGAGACCCCUACAACGGGACAUGGGUCGAGAACUCUUACAGUAAACGAAACAGAUAUACAAAGCCCAAGUGAGGAAAGUAUGAAUACAUCGGAUGAAGGAGAAGAAGUUGGUGUGCUACGAUUAACUGGAGAUAUGAAUGCAAGAGGUCGAAGAGUAAUUCAAUGGGACGAAAGUGUAAUUGACAAUGAACAUUUAAACAAAAAGAAAUCAAAAAUUUGUUGUAUAUAUCAUAAACCGCAUGCUGUUGGAGAAUCUUCUGAUGAAAGUAGUAGCAGCAGUAGUAGUAGUGAUAGUGAUAGUGAUUCCAGUAGCAAUAGUGAAAAUGAUAGACCAAAUAGACUUUCUCAUAGAAAUUGUAAUCAUAAUCAUGAACAAAAGAAAAAAAAGAAAAGAAGAAAUCCUCGAGAGGUUAGUCCAAAUGCAUAUGAACGUCAACCAGUUUAUAAUAAAGGACAUUCUAAAUCUUCAUCAUAAUAUGUAACGAACAUUUACAUAUAAAUGAGCGGAAUAAAUUAGAUGUAUAAAUCGUUGUAGUCCAUUCAAGUAUGAUUUUACCCUUAUUAUAUCACUUCUCUUACA